CAGCCAUUUUGCUUAUGGAAAACAAUGUGACAUAUUAUGCUGUGCCGUACCGGGGAAUAAACAAAAAUCCCGUCGGGGGACGCAGCAGAAGCCGGGCAUACGAGCUCUUGCAUGUGAAUUAAAUUAAUUUCUCGAGAGAAACUUUCAUAAAGGGCUAAAUCAACAAGGUCUACAUAUACAGAAAUUUCUUACUUCUGCUGCAUUUGAGACACAGCUAAACUCGUCUGUCUGGAAAUCUGAAGAUUUUUAUAGCAAAUCCUCCAGUGUCAAAAUGAACACAGAUAGCGGUGGGUGUGCUCGCAAACGUGCUGCAAUGUCUGUCACAUUAACAGCUGUGAAGAGAGUUCAGAGUUCUCCAAACCUAUUGGCCUCAGGGUCUGAUUCUCAGUCUCCAGAUUCAGCUUGGAGAUCUUUCAAUAAUGGAAGUAGAGAGACACUGAAUGGAGACGCUAGCAGUUCAUCUCUUUCAGCAAAAGGUUUUAGGAGUGUGCGGCCAAAUCUACAGGAUAAAAAAUCACCAACUCAGGCACCUCUGCCACCCCCUAGAAAAGCAAGAGUAGCUAAUCACAAGAACGAAAUUAAUCUCCAGGCAGUAACAGCUGGUCCAGCUAAACACCAUCCCACAGAUACUGCCUAUUACACUGAUGAGAAGUCUGUUCAGGAGACAAUGUCAUCUCAAAUAGCUAACACAAGUGUGUCCUAUGCACAGAAAAUCAUUAAACCACUGAUCUCAAACUCCGGUGCUGGCAUAAACACAGUAGCUGGUAUAAGUACUACUCUUCAUCAAGGCCAGACGCUACAGUCUCAGAAACGUAAGGUAUCUACCCUGAAAUUAACCCGGGCACGUGAUCCAGCAAGUAGCAUUCAUUGUAAUUCACAGCAACACCUCAAGCCUGUUGAAGAGCCAGUAUUUCCACAAAGGCCUGUCUCACCUGCCUGUAACCCCCUGCCUGAGAUACACACAGCGUCUCUUUCCGUUCAGAUAGCUCCCUCCCCUGACAAUAAAGCAGAGCCUGAAAUCCAAGAACAUCCACCUAGUAUUUCUCCAGACACUUCAAAGAUGUCUUCAAAGGAUUUGGGACAAAACUCUACAGUUCUUCCUUCUUCACAGGCUGCAGAAUGCCAUGUGCUUGGAAACCAGAAAGUAACUGCCCCUGUGAUGGAGGCUCAGAUCACAGUGAAUGGGAAUUCUGGCACUGCUGCCAGCCCAGUGAGUCACUUUCAAAGGCCUUUUUCCCCUUCUUCAGCUUAUUCUCCACCAGCUUCACUCAAUUCCAACAUUGUUAUCAUGCAGCAUGGCAGGAUGAUGGAGUCCACAGAGACGUACUCACAGCAUGUUCAGAAUGUUGGCAGCAGCACCGCCACCAGUACAAUACCAAUCUGUAGAACCUCAGAAGAAGAAAAAAAAAUUACAGUAAUUAAAGCUCCACAUUAUGCAGGGAUUGGCCCGGUAGAUGAAUCUGGAAUCCCUACAGCAAUUAGAACGACCGUUGACAGGCCAAAGGAUUGGUACAAGACCAUGUUUAAGCAAAUCCAUAUGGUUCAUAAACCUGGUGAGUAUUUUUUUGUUUUGUCUGGGUGGUUCUUCAUUCAUAUUAAAACAUGC